CAUAAAUUUAUUUUCUUCACCCUGUGUAGAUAAUUGCUAAGCUUGCUCUGGGAGAAGCAGAAGAAACUGAAUUAAUUGAUAAAAUAGAGAACUCUUGUCUCAAGUUCGACCAUGACAAGAAAGGGGUUCUCUCCCCAGACGAAUUUUUCAACGUGAUGAAAUUACAGAAUGGGAUUGAAUGCGGGAAAGACGAGGUUAGAGGAGUCUGUGGCCCGUUACCCUGCACCAAGGAUGGCAAAAUUAAGAUAAGGGAUUUCUUGUACCUGGAUGUGACAAGUGAGGCCGCGUUCCGUGCAAUGGAUCGCAACAAGGACGGAUUUAUCACCAAAGGGGAGCUCAAGCUUGCAAAGAAGAAAAUGUCGAUGAAAGAAGUUGAUCAGGUGAUACAGGACUAUGACCUGGAUCAGGAUGGAAAGCUGAGCUAUGAAGAAUACCUGGCAGGAACUAAUUAAUUCAUGAAACAAUUAUUUUAUGUUUAAUAAUGCACGUUUCCAACUUUUCUUUGAAACUUACCCUGCACUAUAUGAUGUUAAAUAUUUAAUGCAUUUUCAACAUUUUCUGCUUGUACCAUUUUAAAAACUAGCUUAUACCUUAAAUAUAUAUGUAGUUUGA